AAUCAAAUCGCUGCGGCGCUGCCUAAGUAUGUAGUAGAGGUGCUGGAACCGUUCCCGUGGAUUGAUAGUACGAUUUCGUCGCUGUCGGUGUGAAGUACGUAGUUUUCCAAGUUUGCAAUGGCUCCGAAAUUAUACGGUGAUAAUAGAAGUCCUUGUGUUAGAGCUGUUUUGUUAGCUGCUGAAGCGAUGAAGAUUAAACUGGAAUAUGUCGCUAUUGACGUCGUGAAAAAAGAGCAUUUGACGAAUGAAUAUCUAAAGCUAAAUUCACGUCACACUGUUCCCACUUUAGACGAUGAUGGCUUCGUAGUGUGGGAUAGCCACGCAAUAAUGAUGUAUUUGGCGGAGAAGUACGGAAAUGACAAUUCCCUAUACCCCAACGAUAUUAAGAAACGGGCUCUUAUCAAUCAGAAGCUUUUAUUUGAUGCUGGAGAUCUAUUCUCAAUUAGCAGAUACAUUGCAGGUUUCUUUCUGUACAAACGCCAACCUAACUUUCCUCAAGACUUGGCUGAAGCUUUACACAAAGCCUAUGGUUUUCUAGAGACAUUUUUAACUGAAUCAAAAUAUGUUGCCGGUGACGAGAUGACCAUAGCCGACUUCAGUCUGUGGACUUCUAUAAGUAAUUCCGGCAGUUUUGUAGCAAUUGAUGUAGCGAAAUAUCCCAAGAUUACAGCUUGGUCGAAAAAAAUGGGAGAACUGCCCUAUAGUCACCUAAACUUCGAGGGACAAAAGGAGUUUAAAAAAAUAUUAGAAAUAUUAAAAGCUCAAUAAUAAAUAUGUAUAUUUUAACGAUGUUUUUUUUUUUUAAUAAAUAUUUUUAUAUUUCGUGUU